AGCCGGCCAUAUCCAUCCGCCCGUCCUUAUCCAUCCGCCUUAUCCAUCCAUCCGACCGAGUCGCUCACGUCUCUCUCUCGCUCUUGCUCUCUCGCCUCUCUCUCUCGCCUCCCUCUAUCCCUCUCUCUCUCUCUCUCUCGGCGGCCCGGCGGUGGCCCGUCGAGGUAGGCGUGGCGGUGGCUGGCAACGGCGCGCCCUCCCCUCCGCCGGAUCUAGCUGGAGGGGAGGUGGUGGACCUUGGGGACGGCCGGGCGGUGGUCCGGUGGAGGCGGUUGCGGCGGCCGCGCCCUCCCCUCCGCCAAAUCCGGCCGGAGAGGAGGCAGCGGACCUCGGCGGAGGCGGCACAGCGGCUGGCGGCGGACCUCGGCGGAGGCGGCUGGCGGCGGCCGUGCCCUCCCCUCCGCUAGAUCUGGACGGAGGGGAGGUGGUGGACGUCGGGGACGGUCGGGCGGCGGUCCAGCGAAGGCGGUGGCGCCAGCGGCGCCCGAUGGAUUUGUUGGAUGAUUUUAUAGUUCUUUUAGAUUUUUUUGUGAUUUGUGGAUGAUUUUAUUUCUGAAUAUGUUUCAUCUGUGAUCUGUGAUAUGUGAUUUGUGAUUCGUGAUUUGUGGGGGUUUGGGGAUGGAGUAGUGACGAUGAUUGUGAGUUCCGGCUCGAUUCGAGUCGGCUCUUUUUUUUUUUGGCUCGUGCAAACUUAUAGGUGCCGGUUCUAUUUUGGUAUAGGGGUCGGUUGUUUUUAUUGGUGCCGACCAAUAGGUGCCGGUUGGAAAACUGGCACCUAUAGCCGGUUCCCAAGCGGCACCUAUGAUGGUAUUUUACUAGUGUCAGGUGUUUGGAAUUUUCGAAGAUAUCACUUAGGGUCUUUUUUUUUUUUCUGGGCAUGUGGUUUUGACAAGCCCUAUACAUAUCUUUGUAUAAUUUUCUCCUAUUAUAUCAAUAUAGGAGGCACAACUUUUGCCCACUCUUAAAAAAAGAUAUUAAAGAAAGUUCCAAAUGCAUGCAGAUGCGACCGGAAUGCUUUUGAAUUGGAACAGGGACCUUACUGGAAAAGGUGACUCACACGGCCGGACACCUCUCCAUUUUGCUGUAUCGAUAGAACCACCCACGAAGAUUCCAUAUUACCACAAGAUAUUGUUCUCCAUCAUGCGCCACAUAGACAUAUACACUCUUUGUUUGGACCGGUUCCUCUAUCCUAGGAAAACCAGGGGAGAUAGCUUGACUCUGACUGGUAUGUUGAUGGAUGCUGAUGAAUCCUCAGCGUAUCAGCCUGACGACAAGGGUUCUUUCCCCAUCCAUGUCGCUGCAGCAGAGGGUAAUGAUGGCACGAUCAACAUACUGCUCAAUAAGAGCCCCAAUUGUGCCACCUUGCGCAAUGCCCAGGGAAGAACAUUUCUGCAUAUUGCUGUUGAGAACGGAAGACACACAAUCAUAAUGUUUGUUCGCAGGAGAAGAAGGCUGGCAGCUAAAAUUAUGAAUUUGCAGGACAACGAUGGAAACACCGCCCUACACUUGGCUAUACAAGAUGGGGAUCUGCAUGCUGUUUUAUGUCUAUUGAUGAACCCAGUAGUAAAAGUUGAUUGUCUGAACAAGGAGGGUCUAACACCUCUAGAUAUAUCAAGGAAGCUGAUACCAGAAGGGCUUCUUCAUGGAUCGCAUCAACGAAUUUGGAUAAAGAGGUCACUACAUCUUGCGAAUGCACAUCAUGCUAACCCUUCCCUUGACCAUCGUCAAGAGAAGUGCAUUUGCCGAACGGUCCGUGAGGAAAGAGAUUCUAAAAUAGUUGAAAAAGAUGACGAUGAACAAGAAGAUUCAAAGACAAUUACGGAGUCUACACAAGUUAUGGCCGUCUGCUCCACACUCAUUGCAACUGUGGCAUUCGCAGCAGCUUUUACAUUGCCUGGAGGUUAUAGAGCAGAUGAUCACACCAAUGGCGGCACGCCGACAUUCGUCGGAAGCUACGGUUUCGAUGCAUUCGUCUUGGCCAUCACAUUUGCAUUCGUCUACUCCUUGUUGGCUACAUUUAGCCUCGUGUAUUCAGGAAUGACCAAAGUUGACUACAGCAUCCGCUUGGAGCACCUUAACUCGGCCAAUAGCUUGGUCUGGCUAUCAAUCAGGUGCUUGCUAGCUGCAUUUGCAUUAGGUUUAUACGUUGUCCUGGCACCAGUUGCUCACAAGACUGCCUUGCUUAUCUGCCUCAUGUGUUCCGUUGGGUUAUUGCACGGGCAUACGUCAAUGAAGACACAGAUCCGCAUGGCCGUGCUCUUACAGGGAAGGAUUGGGUUUAAGGUGUGGUGGAUUUUGGGCAGGAAGAUACUUCGAAACUUUCUGCACUCAUUUUGGCCCUUCCUGAUUAUCUUUGGUUGGCCAGCUUAUCUGAAAUGGAGGCACCAACAGUAGUUAGACUCAUAUAUAUGACCACCAAAUAUGUCGUAUUUGUACCGCUGAUCACCAUAGAUUGUAUUUCUUAUAGUAUCCCUUUUGCUAUUGUGAUUUUGUUUCUAUGGUGACAACAUACUGUAUUGUGUACCAUUCUGGGAAAACUAUUGUAUUUUUGCCACAUCAGUUCAAAUUAUGACAAUUCGAGUCCAUUAUUAUA